AGAUGUCUCCGCCCCCAGUGCCAUGGAGACCAGCCUGGAAGCUUAAGGGAGCUGCUGUGGCCCAGGACGCAGUGGGAAGAGAAGGCCAGGAGUCCUGGACUAGCUGCAGGGUUUGAGCUAGGCUGAUGCAGAACCACGCAGGUGGCUGAGCAGGAGCCUGGUCCUGGGACCACCCACCCAUCCACACUCACACAUCCACUUCUCCCUCCAGAGCCCCGCUCUGGAGCAGGUCUCAGCUCCAGGUUUCUUAGUUGGGGAAUCGAGAUUUGGGGGAUCAAAGCCCCCCACAUCGCUCUUCCCCACUGCAGCUAUGUUCAUCAAGGUGAUGUUUGGGGCCGGCAGCUUUGUGCUGGUGAACACCUCCUGCAGGCUGGUGAACCUCACAGCCCACCUGAGGCAGAAAGCAGGAUUGCUCCCAGAUGUGACCCUUGCUCUCCUGGCUGAGGACGGCAACCUCGUGAGCCUGGAGGACCUGAAGGAAGCGGCUUCCGGCGCCCCCACGAUGGGCAGCUCCCUGCUGAAGGAGCGAGCCACCUAUGUCCUCGUUCGGAUCAGCAGUAAGAGGGAGAGGGCAUGGCCCCCACCCGCUAUGAGUCCCUGCUGGAGAAGCUGGAUGACCAGUACCCAGAGCUGGCAGGUGAGUGUCGGGGCGCAGCCCGGGGGGAAGGCACAACUUCUCCCCAGCCCCUACCAGCAGGACUUCUCCGGCCUUCCAGAGGAACUUCGCAGGCUGUCAGGCCUCUCCUCUGCGGGCCACGAUCGGAGGAAGCGCAUGGGCACUCGGCGUGGCCACCAUGAGCAAAGCCCUGCUUCAAGAUCCAGAAAGGGCCCUGAUUAAGGUGACGGAUUGCACACUGUAGUGAGAUAUCCAUCUUGACCCCACCUCAUCAGCCAGGGAGCUCCCUGAAGACCGGCCAUUGAGAGAGGCACACAAGAUGUGGUCUAAAAUAAAUUCUUUUAAUUGCA